GGUCAUCUUUUCAUGAGCUGAUUUGUUAAAAAUUUCUCAAGUAAAGCUUCAUUUGUUGGAGGAUCUUUCGACUAAAAUAAUAUAAAGGAUGUCAAACUUUGGACAAUUGGACUCCGAUUUUUACCAAUCUAACUACAACAUUGAUAGUCAGGGGCAGAGUUAUGAUGAUUCGUGUGCCUAUGGAAAUCUUUAUGGAUCGAGAAAACAACAAGCCAGUGAGCAGCCUCAGCCUGCCUUCGUCCCACCGGAGAUGCUUGUGUCAUCAGGUUUCGCGGGACAAUUUUUUCAGCCAGCAUCCAACCAGGAUUAUUAUUCACCAUCUUCUUACAUUGACAGUUUUGAUGAAGAGCCUCCUUUACUAGAAGAACUUGGAAUUAAUUUUGAUCACAUAUGGCAGAAAACCUUGACAGUGUUAAACCCACUGAAGCCAGCAGAUGGCAGCAUUAUGAAUGAAACAGAUCUCACCGGGCCCAUUCUGUUCUGUAUGGCCCUAGGAGCCACCCUACUUCUGGCAGGAAAAGUCCAGUUUGGUUACGUGUAUGGCCUGAGUGCCAUUGGCUGCCUAGGGAUCCAUGCCUUACUAAACUUGAUGAGCUCUUCAGGGCUGUCCUGUGGCUGCGUGGCGAGUGUACUGGGUUACUGCCUGCUCCCCAUGGUCAUCCUGUCCAGCUGCACCAUCUUCUUUUCACUGCAGGGCACCUUGGGAACUGUGUUGGCACUGGUCAUUAUUGGCUGGUGUAGUCUCUCAGCCUCCAAAAUCUUCAUUUCAGCCUUGGCCAUGGAAGGACAGCAGCUACUCAUUGCCUACCCUUGUGCCUUACUUUACGGACUUUUUGCCCUCCUAACAGUUUUCUGAAGAGUAAUUGAGAUGGCAUUACAGGAUUCUAUUUGUUUGCUGUUCAGAUUAUCCUGGAGAUGUAUUGGCAUUCACAUUUGCUCAUAUGAUUUCUGUUUUAUCGCUGUUGAGAGAAUAAUAAGCAGAGAGACAAAACAGCACUUAAGGAUGAGGCUCUAGUAGGCUGUUUGGUUUGAAUGAUGAUUUGUUUUUUGUUUGGUGCAUUAAAACAAUUUAAAAUACUUUAAAAUAAAAAGGGAUAUAGUUGUACUGAUGGACCCUGCUUUUCAAUAGAUGCAUAUCUGAGAAAUUGUAAGUAAAUAAAAGCAUAUGCUGACUGGGUAGAAGAAAUCUACAGUGAGUCUUUUGAGAAAACUUCAUGACAAGUUUUAACUGUCUCCUCUAAUACAAGUGGUUUAAGUCACACUGUCUAGGACCUUUGGAGAAUUUCAGGGGAGGGUUAUUUAAGAUUUUAUUCACCUGAGAGUCAAAGAAUCUCCUGUCCAUUCAUUUACUUUCACAACUGUUGUUUGGUUCCAUUUGAACAAUGCAUACACUCACCACUUUUUCAAGCCCUCACUUCCUGCUUACUUGGUUUCGGUGCCAUGGUCCAUAACUAUAAUUUCUGCCUUGAAUAGGUAUAUCCUCAGUAACCUUGCCAUUUGCUCCCUGAAUAAAUGAAUGUGACUGGAGCAAAUGCCACUUGCUUCUGUUUUAUUAUAUUACCACCUCUUAAAUGGCUGCUCAGUACAACUUUUUGAAUCCUACUACAUUACCCUACUGUUGAUAAAUUCACUUUCACACUUCCUGAGAUGAUUGUUUCACACCAUUUCUUCACUGCUCAAAUCUCCAAUACUCCUUUCUUACUGCACACACACUCACUCCCCCUUUAAAAGCCAGAGAAAUGGGCCAUAACUGAAGAGUGAUGUUAGAUCAAAGGAUUUUUAUUCUAAGGUAAAAAACAUUGAAAGAUGUUUAUGUGCUGAUAUGAAUAAUAGGUCAAGAGGAAAACACUGGAUAUGCAGGUGCAGGGGCUGCAUGUGGAGAGGUAAAGAGACAGUGACAAGGGGGAUGUGAUGGAGUUAUUAUCAGAGAGAACUUUUUAUUUGAAAGACCUAUCCAUAUGGCAAGGCAAAUAUCUAAUUACCAAACAUCUGCUCUUGUGAUUGUCAUGUGAAUUACCCUCCUCCCCUUUGAAGCUCCAGACCCCUUUCCCAUUCCUUAGCUCAAGAUGGUACAUAAGCCUCAAUUGCUCAACUUGCCUUUGAGUCUCGUAUCUUGGGACUCCUGUGUAUGUGAAAUUAAAUUUGUUUUCUCCUGUUAAUCUGCCUUAUGUCAAUUUAAUUAUUUGGCCAGCCAAAGAAACUAGAAGGGAAGAAAGAAAAAUUUUUCCUCCUCUACAGUGGAUGUUGAUCAUUGCAGUAAAUAAGACAACUGUGGCUGCCGCCCUAAUAGAAAUUUCACUGGGAGUGGGAAGAAAACAGACAAUAAACAAGUAAACAAUAAAUAAAUGAGAUAAUUUCAGGAGUAUGAGAAGACUGCUAAGGAGGGCUGAGUAGAAAAGAAGGCAACACUGUGGUAAAUGUUAGACGUCUGUACUUUAUAACUCAUUAAUGAACCUGUUA